GUGUCAGGUUGCUACGUGAGGGGUGUGAGAGGGGCUCGUUCGGUACCGGCUGUCGGAGCUCCGGGGGGCCGUGAACGCGAGCGGAGCGGUCUGCAUGUAGCACGCCGAGGAUGUCUGCUAAAAAUAGGCUCCGUAUUUUUCCACACUGCCCGAUGCUGCGUUACCACCUGGGGACCUUGGCUGUAGAACAACAUCACCGCUCUUUGUUGCCUAACCCCGUGUGAAAGCCGCUCUCCUGAUGAAGCACAGAAGAUCCCUGGAUUAACGGCUUCUGCUCUUUUUUACAACAAUGAUGAGAAUGAUUUUCUCCGGGAUUGUUUUCCUUGGCUCUUUGCUGCCCGUUGUGCGCAGUCACAGUUUGUUCACUUGUGAACCUAUCGUUGUGCCCAGGUGUAUGGGCAUGACCUACAACAUGACUUUCUUCCCCAACCUGAUGGAACACUAUGAUCAACAUAUUGCAGCUGUAAUGAUGGAGCCGUUCCUUCCGCUCGUAAACCUUCAAUGUUCCCCUGAGGUCCACACGUUUUUGUGCCAGGCCUUCUUCCCGACCUGCUCAGAACCCAAGCAUAUAGUGCUGCCGUGCCGGAGCCUGUGCGAAACCGUGUAUUCCGAAUGCAAGCAAACCAUAGACACGUUCGGCAUCACGUGGCCGGCGGAAUUGGAGUGCAGCAGGCUUGAAGACUGCGAUAAUUCAGGCUCCAUCGCAACAGGGGAGAUUGCCAAUCCCUGGGGCACUCACAAGCCUUCAGAGAAGAUUCAGAGGGAUUAUGGGUUUUGGUGCCCACGCCACUUGAAAACCUCCCAAGGCACAGGCUACCAGUUUUUGGGGGUUAAUCACUGCGCACCGCCAUGUCCCAACAUGUACUUUCAAAAAAGUGAUUUGGACUUUGCCAAAAAUUUCAUUGGCAUUAUUUCCAUAAUCUGCUUCUGUGCAACCCUUUUCACAUUUCUUACUUUCCUCAUUGAUGUGAAAAGGUUCAGAUACCCAGAGAGACCCAUCAUAUUCUAUUCUGUCUGUUACAGCAUCGUGUCUCUCAUGUACUUUGUUGGGUUCUUGAUGGGAAACAAUCUUUCUUGCAAUGAAGCAGAUGAAAACCUUGCAGAUGGAGACACUGUUGUCCUUGGUUCCCAAAACAAGUCCUGUACUGUUGUCUUCAUGCUUCUUUAUUUUUGCACCAUGGCUGGAACCAUAUGGUGGGUGAUGCUCACCAUAACAUGGUAUUUAGCUGCAGGUCAGAAGUGGAGCUGUGAAGCCAUAGAGCAGAAGUCUAUGUGGUUCCAUUCGGUGGCUUGGGGCCUCCCAGGAAUACUCACCGUCAUACUUCUGGCCAUGAACAAAGUGGAAGGAGACAAUAUAAGUGGUGUUUGUUUUGUUGGACUGUAUGACAGAUAUGUUUCUUCAUACUUUGUGCUCUUACCCUUGUGCCUCUGUGUUUUCAUUGGACUCUCUCUACUCCUGGCUGGAAUUAUUUCCUUAAAUAAUGUUCGCCAGGUCAUCCAACACGAUGAAAGGAACAAACAAAAACUGAAAAAAUUCAUGAUUCGCAUUGGAGUGUUCAGCGGUACAUACUUGGUUCCUCUAGUCAUUCUUCUGGGAUGCUACACCUAUGAGCUGGUAUCUAGGAGCUCUUGGGAAAUGACAUGGGUCGCCGACCAUUGCCAGGAAUACCAUAUUCCAUGUCCCCACCAUCUGAAGAAGUUGACUAGACCUGACCUUGCCUUAUUUUUAACAAAGUAUAUGAUGACUUUGAUUGUUGGAAUCUCUGCUAUCUUCUGGGUGGGAAGCAGGAAAACCUAUUCAGAGUGGGCAAAUUUCUUCAACCGCAGUCCCAAACAAGACCCAGUGAGUGAGAGCAGGAGGGUCCUGCAAGAGUCCUGUGAGUUCUUCCUCAAGCACAAUGCCAAAGAGAAACAAAAGAAGAAGCACAAGUCUGCAUCCCACCAACUGAAAGUUAUAUCCAAAUCCAUGGGUACCAGCACUGGUACCAAAGCCAAUCACGGUGUGUCCGCUGUGGCAAUCACCAGCCAUGAUUACCUGGGACAGGAGGCCAACACGGAUAUUGUAAGCAAUUUGGACCUGUCGCGGAUGGAGGAACAGGAGCAUGGUGGUGGUAUCGUGAAAGACAGUGGCGAUCACCACAGAGAAGACUCCAUGCAAGCCUUAUUGGAGACCCCCACACAGCACGCAGACUGUAACAAUAUGCCGGGGAGUGACAGAGGAAAAAGCGUGUCUGGGAGUGUGCAUAACCUGAUGGAGGAAAGCUUGCAGGCUGCCACUGAUUUUGCAGAAACUCACUCAAAUGGUGAAAGAACAUCUCAUCAGAUGGAUACAAAUUCCUGUUCCCCCUGCGUGCCGGCUCAUCCCAGCUACAGCAAAGAAAAGGAGGAUGCAAUCCAAAGUUCUUGAGAAAACCAGACUUUCCCAGGGCUCUUAUCUUUUGUCCGUCCGAUAUUCUUGCUCUACUUUGGGUUACUACUGAACACACUAGAAAUUUGCACUUAGUAGCGAUACAGACUGUACUGCUCAAAAAAACAUCAUUUUUACUUUUUGUAUUUUAUUUUUAUUCUGUUUAUAUUUGUUACAAAAAGAAACUGUUACAUAAAAAAUGUAUGAUUUGAAUUUUUCCAACAUGUUUUUUUAUUAUAUAUCAAUGAUAGGCCGCCUCCAAUACUAAUCCGCUGUGGGCUCCAUCAUAAAUCGCCCAUUUGUGGUCAGUUUGGGCAUGAUGGGAAUUUACCGUACAGCGGGGGGGGCUUCGCAGAUAUGACAAGUGACUAAAGUUUUGUGAAGUCUGGACGGUCUUUACAGAUUAUUUUUGUGAUUUGUUGUAGUUUUUACACUGGAUUUUUUAAAUAAAGUCACUACUGUUCAUUUUGAA